AGACUACCAUAUUGUCAUCCAAGAUGGAAGAAGACUUUGACCUUUCAAACCCUAACGUGCUCGCUCUCUCUCUCUCUCUCUAGCUCUGAAUCUGAUCCCCAAAGGCUCUGAAGUCAUGGCUUCCACCAAGUUAUCUGUCGUCGUCUUCGUAAUCAACCUCACUGCUUUCGUCUUGGCCAUCGGAGCUGAGCAUAGGAGGAGUACGGCCAGAGCUACUGCAGACAGUAAUUUCAACUACUACUAUUGUGUGUAUACCUCGGACGUGGCUACAAAGGUAGGCAUGGGCGCGUCAUUACUUCUCAUGGCCACUCAUGUCCUUAUAAUGAUGCAAACCAGACUCUUUUUCCUUGACAAAGCACUAAAUCCCAAGGUCCCAAGGGCGUGGGCACUCGUCUUAUUCGUCGGCUGCUGGAUUACAUUUUGUGUUGUGGAGGUUUGCUUGGUUGGGGGUUCAUUGAUUAAUGCACAACACACCAAACACAGGUUUAUUAUCAUAGGUGAUCUCCUUCCUUCUUCUUGCCAAACCCUAAGAAGAGGUGUCUUUGCAGCAGGGGCUGCUUUCACAGUCCUCACUACCAUAUGCUCUCAGUUUUACUACCUUUACUAUUCCAAGGAUCUCACUGAACAGUCCUUCGUGGAAGAGGCAUUGAUCAAAACUUUAGCUGAGGCUGCUGAGCAAAAUUAACCUAGCUAAAAAUGAUGCCUUGCUGGGGUUCUUAUAUGUUUUUCAUUAGAGCAAUGUUCAAUUAUUAUCUCGAAAUCUCAAUGUUUUGAUUUUUAUUGAAAUCCUUGGUUGAUAGGACA